AUGGGUAGCAUUCCCGUUUCCUGGCUCCAGAAGCUCGAGGAGCAACUAAAUGUCGAUGUCGAUUGCAUGGACCCCACCUUCGCCAAAAGCCUUCCCUUCACGCCUCACAAUCAGACCAGCAACCAGCUGUUGGUGAAUGAGCAGAUGUCCAUCCCCGAGAACAAAGAGCUGUUCCUGAAGGCCGUGAGAGAACGUAAAGACCAAGGGUGGGAGGCGGUUCUCGACCGAAUCAGCGUCCUCCUCUGCGCCGAGAACAUCGGAAAUAUCCAAGGCCGAGUCCUCCUCCAGACAUCGCCCUUCCAUGCGUACAGCACCGAGAAGGUCGUGGAGCAUGCUCGCGCCUACGCCCGCGAGUUUGAGAGCGUGGGAAUCUCUAAGGAUCGGUUCUGCAUCAAGAUUCCCUGCACCGGCCCGGCCAUGAAUGCGGGCCCGAUCCUGCUCAAGGAGGGUAUUCGAACACUUGGCACUUCGCUGUUUGGACUUCCUCAAGCAAUUGCAUCAAGCCAGGCGGGGUGUCUAUAUAUUAGUCCCUACUACAACGAGGUCCGCGCCCAUGCCGAACUAUCCCUCUGGCCAGAUGUGGAGGAUCCAGCAACACAGCAUACAAUGUCUGCGCGCAUGAUACAGAUCCUCGAAACGUACAAGCGUCUCUACAAGGAGACCGGCAAGGAACAGCCAAUGGUGAAGUCCGCCAGCUUCAUCUCUCCUAAAGAGGCAAUGGCCGCUGGUGAAAUGGGCUGUCAUCACGCGACCAUUUCGUCCGACGUACUAACACAGCUGAGCAAGCUCGAGUAUGAUGGUAGCAAGCAGCCAGGGGAAGGCGUACCGAAGCCCACGCAUGCGUACAAGAAUGGAGGCGCAUACAAGGGCGCAGGCCCACCUCCUGCGCGGCUUUCGAAGGUGGCCAAGACAGACCCGCUGGCCGCAGCAAAAUGGGACGGCAAGUUGGCCAGUACCGACAUCGACUAUCUGGCAAACAAUGGAUCCGAAUUGGAAAAGGCGAUCGAAGCAGACCCAGUGACCAAGACGCGCUUAUUUGAGGCGCUUGAUCUAUUCAAAGGGGGUGAGAUGAGGAGCAAGGCGGUGAUCGAGGAGGCUAUGGCGCGGGUGUGA